GAUCUGGUGAGGUCCCGCCACCGAUAUUCAGGAUGGCCUCUUUGAGGACGCGCUUUAAAGAGAGAUGGCAGCUCAGCUUGACCAACUGACCCUGGAGCGUGACGCUGCAAAGAACGAACUAGAUAUGGCUAAAGACACUGCCAGGUUGUACUACCAACGGAUGCUGCAAGCUGAAGCAGACAGAUCUCAAUUACAAACUAUGGACUUCGACCGAUUUCUGCUAGUCCUCAUAGACGGUGACAGUAUGCCGUUCCUUGAUGACUUUGUAUCAAGAGGUAUGGAAGGUGGCGAAGACGCUGGCAAACAUCUUCGCAACGCCGUCCUCGAGUACUCUAAAACCAGCCCAACAUACCGCGCAGACGACCGCAUCUUCAUCUGGAUUUAUGCAAACGCUCGUGGUUUGAGCAGAACUUACAAAGCCGCCAAAAUAAUACCUGACGAAUCUGUCUUUGAGCAUUUCAUGACAGGGUUCAACAGGAGUCACCAGUUUUCUGAUUUCGUCGACGCCGGACCUCACAAAGAGGCCGCUGAUUCGAAGAUAAAAGCCUACUUCGAAUUCUUCUACAGAAAUCAGCAUUGUCAGCAUGUCAUGUUAGGCGCCUCCGCUGAUAAUAGCUACGCUGGGUUUCUCCGUCCACUUUCACUUCCAGAUUCGAAGGUCAACGACCGCAUUACCAUGAUUGAAGGUCCUCCGUUUGCAGCCGACCUUCGGAAGGUUGCCCAGUGUUUCCGCCAGGCGUCCUUCAAAACGAUCUUCAGACCUAGCAAGAUUGAAGUGAUCCCUAACGGCACCCAUGGCAUCACCGCGGGCGUCAAGAGACCCGCAAGCGAAGCUCUGAUGUCUCUGCGAGAGCGACAAACAUCGAAGGCAGAUGCAGCAGUGGUCACGCGUCCGAGAUCAACCGACGGCAACUCUACACAUCCGAAAGCUGCAUCAAAUCCGUCUCUUGGUCCAUCGCCAAUCAUUUUCCAAAAUCAGUACGGUCAACGACUUGACGCACCUUUGGCGAUCGACAAGGAUUACCUCAAACAGUUGUAUAAUGGUCACGCACGCCUUUGCAACAAUUUCUAUCUAAAAGGUUAUUGUCCAUACGGAGCCGGCUGCGAGUGGGAUCAUUCUCAAAGACUCAGCCAAAUACAGCUGGACACAUUUCGGCAAAAGGCCAGAACCUCGAAUUGCCGGAACCCCUUCUGCGUCGAUCCUGCCUGCUGCCUGGGCCACAUGUGCCAGCGCGAAUCUUGCAACAUAUCUCAGUGCAAAUUCCUGCCAGAGAUGCACAACAUCGACGUCAGCAGAGUCUAUCAGUACAACACUGAGACAGGCGAGAAGAAGGAGUUGAAGCCUUCUUAGGAGGAAUUGCAACAACCGCCUUCAAUUCCCAUCCACACCACAAAGCCUCGCCGGUGCCCGACUCCGCCAUGGCGCUUGACCAAUUGCGAAGAAAUCAGGUCUCCUCGAGCACCAAACCAGAAACGAUGGCUACCAGUAUUCAGGCCCCUCUCACGUCGGACCUUUUGAUCUUCACAAAUAGAUCAAACAGGUCCGUCCCUCGCUCAGCCUGGAUCGCCGGGAACUUUAAGGGUGCCUGUCAGGGCUACUCCUCGAAGAUUCUGACUCGUUCACCGAUCAACGGUGGAAACCACAGGUUGU